AUGGAUACUGCAAACAACAUGACCAUCAUGCCGUUCAAACUUCAGCGGUGGACCCAGCCCAUUCCCGCGGACGAUCGCACUUGCUACGUAUGUCUACGCGAGUUUGGUGCAGCAGACGAAGCAGACGACCCUGCUUGCGAAGCUCUUCGGCCCAAGUGCGGCCACUACGUCGGGAGUACAUGUUUUCUCAAGCUGGUCCAGACCGGCAGUCCUAUGGUCUGUUUCUGCCAAACCCCGUAUCCGCGCGCCGAACCGACAUUCGUGCGGAAGCUCGCUGUCCUAUUACUGUGGCGUCUUUUCUUGGUCGAAUUGUGGGUGUUCGAGCCUAUCAAACGCUACUUUGACGGCCCUUCUCCUGCCCGAGCUGCUCGUAUCGAACACUUUAGCAGCCAACUCGCUCGUGGAGAGCAGGUGUUCGAUAUCGAAAUGGCAGGUGAAGUCUUCAGCAUUGGUGGCCGCGUUCCUUUGGCUAUCGUCCUAAUGUUCAACAUGCCUUUUUGCUUGUUCUUCCGAAUUCUCACCUUCGUCCUAGAGGGACUUCCACUGAGUACCUACGCCAAGGCGUGGAUUCCGCGUGGACUGUUCGGCUACCAGGUGGCAAAUGCUGCCUGUUUCCGAGAUCUGGUAUUCUCGCUCUUCAUUGCACUGGUGGCUGCCAAGAUGUAUGAAGACAUAGGCAUGGCCGAAGAUAAUCAAGAUCUACCCGUAGGGCAUGUGCAAGUGAUGUUGCAUCGGCUGCUGACCUCACUACAAGUCCUAAUUUACCCAGUCCACAUUGUCUUCUUCUCUAGGACGGUGUAUCUCGCUCUCCAAAUAUCGGAUUACAGGCUGAUCCUCAUGUACUGCGUCAGCUUGCUUCUGGCGUUUCACGUCGGACUGUACAAGGUUCUUUCAUCACGCAGCUUCUACAAGCCAUCCAUGAGUGCUGGAAUCUAUGUUGUUGUGCAGAUCAGAAGGACGAGAAAGGGUAUCCGCAACAUUGUAUUUGCCCGAAAGUUAGGGACGGCAAUACCGCGUGACUGGAAAAAUCAGCUGGCGUAUCCUAAUUGCUCAUUUUCAACCGUAAAACCCGGAUCCUCUGACUUUCUAUAUUGCUUGUUACCAUACUACAAUUUACCCUAG